AUGGGGGAUCCACUGCCCAACCCCAACUCAGACCCUUCCUCCCAAAGCCGGAGGGCUUCCCAAAGCUCAGAAAGAGCACGGAGUCGAGACUCAUCACAGCCUAUGUUGAAUAUCCCGGAGGAUGGGGUGCGCCGACCUCCGCAGAGGGCCAGUCAGGGCAGUCAGGACCUGGGGACUGGCCUGCUCCACUUGCCACAGAGGUCCAGCCUGUCUUCAGAUAAUCAGGGCGACGAAAGCUUGGAGUACCAACAGUCCAUGACCUUCCCGUCUGGCUUUCCCGGGGAGUUCUCACCACAGGCUUACCUGGAUGAGAGCAGACUGAUGCAGUUCCCUCAGGGCCAGGCCCUCUUAGAACAACUGGAGGCUUCCUACCAGGACUCGGGCGCCGGCCUCUUGGGCCAAUUCAACAUGUACCCAGGAGAGGAACAGCUGUUCAACCAGGCCACGCAUCACGGACCCUACCUGAGGGACGACCCUGCCCUCAACCUAGGGCCCUCUGAUCUGGGCUUCAUGCCCUUCAUGGGAGAGAUGCCUGACCCCGAGCCCCGAGAGCUGGCAGUGCAGAAUGCCAAGGCCUACCUGCUGCAGACCAGCGUGAGCUGCAACCUCAGCCUGUAUGAGCACCUGGUGAACCUGCUGACCAAGAUCCUGAACCAGCGGCCCGAAGAUCCCUUGUCCAUUCUGGAGUCCAUGAACCGCACCACUCAGUGGGAAUGGUUCCACCCCAAACUGGACACGCUGCGGGAUGACCCUGAGAUGCAACCCACCUACGAGAUGGCUGAAAAGCAAAAGGCUCUGUUCAGCAGAGGUGGAGAAGGCGAGCAGGAAAUGGAAGAGGAAGUGAAUGACAGCCCGGUGCCCAACAUCAUGGAGACAGCCUUCUACUUCGAGCAGGCGGGCGUGGGGCUGAGCUCGGAUGAAAGCUUCCGAAUCUUCCUGGCCCUGAGGCAGCUGGUGGAGCAGCAGCCCAUCCACACGUGCCGCUUCUGGGGCAAGAUCCUGGGGCUGAGCCGCAGCUACCUGGUGGCCGAGGUGGAGUUCCGCGAGGGCGAGGAGGAAGGCGAAGAGGAGGAGGUGGAGGAGCUGGAGGGAGGCGAGGUCCUGGAGACGCACGGUGAGGAGGAGGGCGAGGAGGAUGAGGAGAAGGUGGUGGACUCCGUGCCCAAGCCUCAGUGGAAGCCGCCGCCCGUUGUCCCCAAGGAGGAGAGCCGCACGGGCACCAACAAAUACCUGUACUUCGUGUGCAAUGAGCCGGGCCGCCCGUGGACGCGCCUGCCACACGUCACGCCCGCGCAGAUCGUGGGCGCGCGCAAGAUCAAGAAGUUCUUCACCGGCUUCCUGGACACGCCGGUCAUCAGCUACCCCCCCUUCCCGGGUAACGAGGCCAACUACCUGCGGGCGCAGAUUGCGCGCAUCUCGGCUGCCACACACGUCAGUCCGCUGGGCUUCUACCAGUUCGGCGAGGAGGAGGGCGAUGAAGAGGAGGAGGGCGGCGCUGGGCGCGACUCAUUCGAGGAGAACCCCGACUUUGAAGGCAUCCCUGUGCUGGAACUCGUGGACUCCAUGGCCAACUGGGUACAUCACAAGCAGCACAUCCUGCAGCAGGGCCGCUGUACGUGGGUGAACCCACUGCAGAAGACCGAGGAGGAGGAGGAGCUCGGGGAGGAGGAGGAGAAGGCGGAUGAGGGGGCAGAGGAGGUGGAGCAGGAGGUCGGCCCCCCACUUCUGACUCCUCUCUCAGAAGAUGCGGAGAUCAUGCACCUGUCGCCCUGGACCACCCGCCUCUCCUGCAGCCUCAGCCCUCAAUACUCGGUGGCCGUUGUGCGCUCCAACCUCUGGCCGGGGGCCUACGCCUACGCCGUUGGCAAGAAGUUUGAGAACCUCUACAUUGGCUGGGGUCACAAGUACAGCCCCGAGAACUUCAACCCAUUGCUGCCAGCUCUGAUUCAGCAGGAGUAUCCCAGCGGCCCGGAAAUCCUGGAGAUGAGCGACCCCACAGUGGAGGAGGAGCAGGCCCUGAAGGCUGCCCAGGAACAGGCCCUGGCAGCCGCUGACGAAGAGGAGGAGGAUGAGGAAGAGGAGGAGGAUGAGGACCUGGAUGACUGAGGUCCCCAGGCUGUUUCCCGCAGCCUUUUCCCCUUAUAUGUAGUUACAGAUU